CGUAAUUGACCUCCCAUUGCCACCAUUUUAAAAAUCUAGGAAACACUUGCAAAACUUUUAGAAGAAAAUUGAACUUUUAGAUAAGAAUUCGACAACGGAAUAACACUACGAUGGCUGGAAGGUUACCAGCUGUUGUCAUAGACAAUGGAACGGGAUACACUAAAAUGGGAUAUGCUGGUAAUACAGAACCCCAGUUUAUUAUCCCAUCAUGCAUUGCUGUAAAAGAGUCGGCCAGUGUUGGUGAUAAAAACAAAAGACUUGGGAAAGGGGUCGAAGACUUGGAUUUCUAUAUCGGAGAUGAGGCGACUGAUGCUACAAACUAUGCAGUUAAAUGGCCUGUUCGCCAUGGCAUCAUUGAAGACUGGGAUUUGAUGGAAAGAUUUUGGGAACAAGCCAUUUUCAAAUAUCUCCGUAGCGAGCCUGAGGAUCACUACUUCCUGUUAACAGAACCUCCUCUCAACACCCCCGAAAACCGUGAAUACACUGCAGAAAUCAUGUUUGAGACAUUCAAUGUGCCUGGCCUGUAUAUUGCUGUGCAGGCCGUGUUAGCACUCGCUGCGUCCUGGACGUCCCGACAAGUGGGAGACCGUACUCUGACUGGUACAGUAAUAGAUUCAGGAGAUGGUGUCACACACGUUAUCCCUGUAGCAGAGGGCUAUGUCAUCGGUAGCUGUAUUAAACAUAUCCCAAUUGCUGGCCGUGACAUCACAUACUUUAUCCAACAACUCCUGCGUGAAAGAGAAGUUGGAAUUCCCCCGGAACAAUCUCUGGAAACUGCAAAAGCUAUUAAAGAAAAAUUUUGUUACGUAUGUCCAGAUAUAGUGAAAGAAUUUAACAAAUAUGAUAAUGACCCAAAUAAAUGGAUACGAAAAUAUGACAGCACUAACGCUAUAUCCAAACAGCCAUUCAGUGUAGAUGUUGGUUAUGAACGUUUCCUUGGACCAGAGAUCUUCUUCCAUCCUGAGUUUUCUAAUCCUGAUUUCACUACACCUAUCUCAGAGACAGUAGAUACAGUCAUACAGCAAUGUCCCAUUGAUACUAGGAGGGGCUUAUAUAAGAAUGUUGUGCUAUCUGGUGGUUCUACGAUGUUCCGAGAUUUUGGCAGGAAGUUACAGCGAGACUUGAAACGUGUUGUAGAUGUCCGGUUAAAGGAAAGCGAGAUGCUGAGUGGGGGCAGGUUGAAACCAAAACCUAUUGAAUGUCAAGUGAUAACUCACCAUAUGCAGCGCUAUGCAGUCUGGUUUGGUGGCAGUAUGUUGGCUUCUACUCCUGAAUUUUACCAAGUGUGUCACACAAAGGCUGAUUAUGAUGAAUAUGGUCCUUCCAUAUGUCGACACAAUCCCGUUUUCGGAACCAUGUCAUAGGGACUAUUUCAUGCUCUACUUUAUGUGCACAUGGAUAUAGCAGUGAUUGCCUGGACAAAGAUAUUGGAACAAGGAGGCUGGUGGAUUGAUAGUUUAAUAUACAAAAACUCAAUAUUUAGAAUCCAUUCCUAACAUUGCCAAGCAUUUAAUAAUGACAAUACGUCUCGAUGAAACAUUGACCAUAUUUGGAUACAUUCUUUUCCAUUGAGUUUCACUUUUUAUUGGUUAUAUCUUAUUGCAUAUAGCCUGCCUCAACAAAUCUUAGCAAGGGCAUGACCAGGAUCUAGAAUGGGUGAGGCAAAUAGUAAUAUGUGAGGCUAAUAAUAAUUGGUGAGGCACAUUGAUGCUGACAAGAAAUGUGAUUAUUGGACUUCGACGGAUUUGCAAAAACGCCCAAAUGAAUAAUUUUAUGUUUAUUUUUAUCCUGGAUUCACCAAUGUUUACUAUG